UUAGAGGAUAGAUUCAGUCAAAUACCUCGCCUGGAGAAAAUUGCAUGUUCGGCUUUAGUUUCCUUCCCCACUGGUUACAAAAACAGAGUGCGGAGGAGGGGGGAGUUUUGGGAGAGAAGCGAGCUCUUCUUCGGGUCUUUCCUCUCACCCAUUUCGACGACGUCUGCAGCGAAUUCCCAAUUGGGAUUCCUAUUUGGCCUGUUGGAAUCCCUCAAAUCCAAUUUUUAUGUCAAAAAUGACGUGGUAGGAGGGGUUUGGGUUUGAUUUGUCAUUCUGGGAUCCGGAAAUUCGAUCGCGGUUGUCGUCGAAAUCGAACAAAAUUUGGUUUUCGAGGCGAGGAAGCCAUUUCUCGUCCGAGAUUUCGAAGAGCUGGGUUGCUGGUUGAGAGGGAACCUGGUAAUUUGACAUGGAUCUUGCUGAUUGCUGUUUUCUUUAAAGAUCCAUCACGAAUCGUUGAAUUUGAUCCGAAUUGUUAGGGAUUUGCCUUUGUGGACACCAGAAGUUGUCGGAAUUUAUGAUUUUGGGUGGGAUUGAUUGGAAUUGUAGGCAGGAGAUCAUGGAGAAUUGAGUGGAGGGUUCUCUUUCUUCAUCUAAAGUGGUUUUCGAAUGGCUGGAGAUGAUUUGAUUGAGCUCAAAUUUAGGCUUUUUGAUGGCACGGACAUUGGGCCAAGCAAGUAUGAUCCUUCGACCACCGUUGCAUCUCUCAAAGAAACCAUCCUGUCUCGAUGGCCGCAAGACAAAGAAAUUGCUCCAAAAACAAUAAAUGAUUUGAAGCUCAUCAAUGGUGGGAAAAUAUUGGAGAACAACAGGACUCUUGCUGAGUCCAGGGUACCGGUUGGAGAGCUUCCAGGUGGUGUAAUAACCAUGCACGUUGUUGUGCGGCCUCCCCAACUUGACAAAAACAGCGUUUUCUACAGAGAAACAACUCGCAAAUGCCCCAAAGCAGAACAGAUGUGCGUGCACAAUCCUGUGAUACCAGAUUGUAAUUCCUUAGAUCAUCUCCGGUCGGCUCUUUGGUGUCAAUAUUUUCACUGUUAGUUGAUUGGCGGGCUGCAAAAAAUCAGUCAAAUGGCAUUGCUGUUGCAUGAUGAUUUGGACGUAGCUCCUAUACAUGAUAACGAUAGUCAUCUUUUUUAUGACUAGAGUUUUGCUACGGUCCUGGGGUUUAGCCCAUCUGAUUGCGCAGGAGGAAUUGGAAACAUGUUGUGGUUGUAUAACUGGGGGUUUUGAGACAAGAACUACUUGUUUGCUACUUUGCUAUGAUCUUUGUAUUAUCGAAUGAUUCUUUUUUAAAAGAUUGAUUCUAUUUCUGAGAA